AUGCCUGGCAAGAUCCGUACAGCUCAAUCCGUGUCUUUUGACAAACCCGCCUCUGAGCAACCCCAUCUCCACAACAGAUGGCAUCCAGAUGUCCCGAGUAUUGCAACCGUUGAACCUGGCGAGACGGUCAAGAUAGAAUGUCUCGACUGGACAGGCGGUCAGAUUGGGAAUAACGACAGUGCAGACGAUGUUCGCGAUGUUGACCUUACAAAGAUCCACUAUCUUACUGGUCCAUUCGACAUCAAAGGCAGUCAACCAGGAGAUCUCCUCGUCGUCAACAUAACCGACGUCCAACCCUUUGACCAUUCCCCCUGGGGCUUCACCGGAAUCUUUGCCAAAGAGAACGGCGGCGGUUUUCUCGACGAACACUACCCCACCGCCGCAAAAGCAAUCUGGGAUUUCGACGGCGUCUACUGUUCAAGCCGUCAUAUUCCCGGCGUGCGCUUCCCCGGGCUGAUCCACCCCGGAAUCCUAGGCUGUGCCCCAUCUGCCGAGAUCCUCGCAGAGUGGAACCGUCGAGAGGCAGAGCUCAUUACUUCAAUGGCUGAUUCUACAAAGAUUGUGGCUCAACCGCCGAAUGAGAUCAAUGCACAUGGUGGAAAAGCUACAGGUGAUGUUUUGGCAAAGAUUGCGAGGGAGGGAGCAAGGACUAUACCUGGACGACCUGAACAUGGAGGAAAUUGUGACAUUAACAAUAUUUCACGUGGAUCUACGACGUAUCUUCCUGUUCAUGUUGAGGGAGCCAAGUUUUCUGUUGGAGAUCUCCAUUUUAGUCAGGGUGAUGGUGAGAUUAGUUUCUGCGGUGCUAUCGAAAUGGCUGGUAUCAUCACGAUCAAGUUUGAUCUCAUCAAAGGCGGCAUGAAGUCGCGUGGUCUCAAGAGUCCAGUUUACAGACCAGGCGACAUGGGACCUACCUUUAGUCCCUCACGCUACCUAAUCUUUGAAGGCUUCUCCGUCGACGAGAAUGGAAAGCAGCAUUUCAUGGAUGCAACCAUAGCUUACAGACAAUCAUGUCUCCGUGCAAUCGAAUACCUCAAGCAAUUCGGCUACUCUGGAGAACAAAUCUACCUGUUACUCUCCUGCGCACCCAUCCGCGGCGCCAUCGCAGGAAUAGUCGACAUUCCCAACGCGUGCACAACUCUCGGCAUACCGAUGGAUAUUUUUGACUUUGACAUUUCUAUUGAGAGCGAGCCUGUUGCUAGAGAUAUGGGUGCUUGUCCUGUAUCUAAGUAG